AUGGCAGACACAGACAAAGUGGGCACCACCCCGAAGAAGACAUCGGCGGGCAGCAUCAAUCCCGAAUCCCCAACUACUGCGCGUCCGCUUGAUUUCGACGACGAACCGCAAGAAUCUGGACUAGCAUCAGCGCCCAUCAGCAGCAGGUCGUCCUCACAGCUAAAUCUUGCGAACCAGGCGGCAGGAAUGCAGUCGCAGCGCCCCUCCAACCCCCAUCAGAAAAUUACAGAGGACCUUAGGGAGGCUUUCCCGAACAUAGAUGCCCCUGUCAUAAAGGCGGUAGUUGUUGCUAGUGACGGAAAUGUUGAGAGGGCCUUUAAUGCAUUGCUCGGUAUGUCGGACCCGGAUGCACAAGACGAUGUCCGUCCUGCGAUGCCCCCUCGCCCUGUAAGCGGGGUGCCAACCUCCACGGCCCAAAGCCAGCUUGAAGACGACGAGAGAUAUGCACGUCAGCUAGCAGAACAUUAUAGUGGCUCUGAUCGACAACGGGGCUUUCCGCAGUCUCCAUGGGAGCAUGGGCCGGCAUCAGGGCAAAGGGGGACGGGCUUAAAGCCAAACGAGCUGUAUGAUCGGGAACAUAGCUUUAUUGAUGACGACCUGCCAAUAAUUAAGGAGAAUAUUCGCAAAGGGUUCCUAGAAACUCAGUCGAGGGUGAACACCUGGGUGGAGAAUUUCAAGAAGAGACUCGAUGGGGAGGAGUCCGACGAGGACGCGCAGCAUGGACAUAGGCAAAGACAAUAUACAAAUGCCCAUAACGACCAGGGUUAUCCGAACAGGCGGAGUACAGAGCACAGGCGGAGCGUAGACCGUGAGCGAUAUGACGCCGACCCUCAUGUGCUAGGUGAUGACUUCUCCUCGCUUGAGCUCCGGGAUAAUGAAGUCCCCCCACCGCGUCCUCCUCGCCCUCAAGCGAACCCAGAUUUAUUCAAAGCCAAGAGCGCGUCCCCAGACCGCCGCAAGGUUUCGUUCCAGGAGGGCCCUCCGGAAGAGAUCCAGGAUUCGUACUCUGGAUCUAACUCUCGAACCACGUCCGCGAACAAGUCGAGCAAGUGGCAGCCGCUCUCAGCCGUCGAGCCAUCACCCGUGGCUGACAACGACCCGUUCAGCCUUGGAGAUAGUGACGAUGAGAAGGACACGAAGCCAAAGGAUGCGAAGACCGAUGAAGCAAACGGAAAGAAGACUACGACCGAGACGACUGCUGGAAAGAGUGACCAAACCAAGGACAAUCGGGCCAGCGUGCAGGAUGGGAUAUAG